AUGUUGUUCUUGACAACUAGAGUGGUGGGUCAGCAUCCUCUCUUGCCUCUUCUCCGCCCCAUCUUCACAUUGUUUCCUCUGCCAUCCUCGUGCUCGCUGCUUCCCCACGAGCCCAUCUCCAUCCGCCACCCUCUUCUGGCAGCGCUCUCCUCCUGCCGCUCGCCGGAGGAGGUGCGGUGCCUCCACGCGCGGCUCGUCACCUCCGGCCUGGCCUGCCACCCUUUCGUCGCCAGCAAGCUCGUCCACCUCCUCGUCACUCUCCCCUCUGUCGAUUCCCCUUCUUCCAAUCUAGAUUACGCUGACAUCGUCUUGUGGGCUACUCCCUCACCUACUCUCUUCACCUACAACACCCUCAUUAGGGCCCAUUCCAACUCCCCCCACAGGACCGUCAACUCCUCGCUCCUCCUCUUCCGCUACCUUCUGCGGGACCCUUCUCGCCCCGUCCCCAACCAGUAUACCUUCGCCUUUGUCCUGAAUUCCUGCUGCCGGCGGCUGGAGAAAGACGCCGACGAAGGAUUGGCGGUGGUGAUGGAGGCGGAGCAGGUGAGGGGCCAGGCUGCGCGGUGGGGAUUGGGCGCGAAUUUGUUCGUCUGUAAUGUGGUGAUCAGAUUGUACGGAAGCUGGGGGAUGAUGGAGGAGGCGGAGAGGGUCUUCAAGGAGUGCUCUGCUCGGGACUUGUUCUCCUGGAAUUCACUUAUGGGAGGGUAUGUGGGUGUAGGUGAGAUGCAGCGGGCAAGGAUAUUGUUCGGGGAAAUGCGUAAGAGAGACGUGGUUUCCUGGAGCACUGUCAUUGCAGGAUACGUGCAGGUAAGGCGUUUACAUUCUCACAGACUACGCUACAUGUUGGACACUUGACUGCAUUCAUCCUGCCUUGCUUACGUGCUGUAUGACUCGAGCAAUGGCACCCACUUGCAGAAACGGUCUCUGGUCUGGGCAGGUAGAGACCAUCCUUGACCUUGUGGGUCCAUGGGAUUGGAGUUGUGUUGACCUGCAAUCUUGUUAAACAUUAGUUUUUUAUUUAUUUUUCUACGUUCAGGAUGAAUUAAUUUCUUGCUUUUUCAAGGAUUUUAUCCUCUCUGUGGGUAAAACUCUUUAGAAUUGGUUACAGAUGCUAGCCAUUCUUUGAUAAAAAGAUAUUUCCCUGGAUUUCAUAGAUUUACUUGGACUCUUGUGGAACAUCAUGUAUACAUCCCACUGAUCCAAUCGGGCACGGUUAAUUGCUUACAAAUGGGUUGACUGUCAUAUUUGAACUCGGUUUAUUGCUUGUGACUGGCUUGACUGUUCUAUCUGGUCUCGGUUUUUUUGUUUGCAACUGGGCUGGCUGAUCUCUUUGGGGUUGAAUUUUACUACAAUGGAAGCCCCAUACUGCCAGUCCAAGCUUCACUCUUACCAUUUUGCUGCUCACUCCGAGCCUUUACCAGCGUGUUCUCUCAGAUAUCAUUUGAAAAACUUUUCUCUUACUCAGAGCUAAUCAGAAAUGUUGUUCUUUACCAUGUUACAACUCUUGGUCCAUUGAAUGGAAAACACUUCCGGAUGUCUGAUGUCAGAUACCCCACCGUAGACAUGGAGAUGACUCAAAGAAGUAUUUUUUAUGGUUAGAAGAUUGUACAGAUGGUUCCAGGAUCACGUAUGAGCUAACUGAGAAUUUUUUUUAAUAUAGUAUUCACCAAAAUGCGUUAUUACAGAUUAAAAUCCUUAUUAACACAAUCCAUAUCUGGCUUGUUCUGGUCAAAACACGAGCAGCAUGUAUCUUGAUUUCGAGUGGACUUUUCUCGACUAGAUUUGGGUCGGUAAGUAUCUGGACUGAUUGAUGGGGAUCCUUUCAAAUACAGAGUCAAUCUCGUUGGUCGAACAGGGCUCAGUUUUGAAACUUGAUCAAGGCAGGGUCAUCAAUAUCUCUGGAGGAUCAUAUGAUGAUAUUUUAUGAAUAAUCAGUCCGGCAGAUUUUGAGACUUCUUUUUGACAACUGACUGCCACUGGGCCCUUCUGUUAUAAACCGUACCCAGAACAUAAAGAGCAAGGAGAGGAGGAUAAAGGUGAAAUGAGAGAAGGGAGUAAGGGAGAGAAAGUGAAAUAGAUUUCCACUUGAUCAAAGACUGCUUGUAACCUUAGUUUGAAUAGGCCUCGAAUGGAUCCCAAAGUCAGCUGCUAUAAGUUAUACUAACCAACUAUUAUGAUUUUCCUUUAAAACUUUUGCCCAGUUUGGGAGACUUCCCGACCGUUUAUUAGUUUAUUUAUGAACUUUGAUCAGAUAUUGCUUCCAGAUACUUGUUAGCCUACUUUUUCUGAAAAAUGCUGUUCCUGGUAGUGAAGAUGAUUAUUUUAUUUUCCAUUUGCCAUGGAAGGUUAUCGUUUUCCUUGUGAAUCUUCACACUUGAGCAUUUAGUUAUUUUAUAUCUUAGGAGGGUUCAUUCAUGGAGGCAAUGGAGCUAUUUCAUGAUAUGCAAUUGUCAGGUGUGGCACCAAAUGAGUUCACCUUGACAAGCAUCCUCACAGCUUGCGCCAACUUAGUGGCUCUGGACCAGGGCAGAUGGGUUCAUUCUUACAUCAACAGGGCCAAAAUCAAUUUGAACGAGAGGCUCCUUGCUGGUCUUAUUGAUAUGUAUGCAAAGUGUGGAGAGAUAAACUGGGCAUUGAAAGUCUUCUAUGAAGAAGGAAUUUCAAAAAGGACUGUUUGGCCAUGGAAUGCCAUGCUCGGUGGCUUUGCCAUUCAUGGAAUGGCCGGAGAUGCAGUUGACCUCUUUGAAAGAAUGAGGUCCGAAAGAAUUGCCCCAAAUAAGGUCACAUUCAUAUCUUUGCUCAGUGCUUGCAGCCAUGGCAGCUUCCUGGACGAAGGCAGGACUUACUUCGAGUUGAUGAAGGGAGUUUAUGGUAUUGACCCAGAAAUUGAGCAUUAUGGGUGCAUGGUGGACCUCUUUGGCCGGGCCGGGCUUUUGAAUGAAGCUGAGGAGUUCAUAUCACUUAUGCCCAUAUCUCCGGACUUCAUCAUCUGGAGUGCGUUGCUAAACGCUUGUCGGAUUCACCGGAACAUUGACAGGGCAGAGAGAGUCGGAAGAAUUAUCAAGGAAUUGGACCCCAAACAGGUCGGAUGCCAAGUGCUGCUUGCAAAUAUUUACUCGAGAUCUGGAAGAUGGACUGGAGCAAGGGACAUAAGGAAUGAGGUAGAAAUCUCUGGCUCGAAGAAGACACCUGGCUGGAGCUCUAUUGAGCUGAGUGGGAUGUUCCAUCAGUUUCUAGUUGGAGACCAGUCCCAUCCACAGGCAAAGCAGAUCUACUCAUUUUUGGAUGAGCUCAGCAUCAAGCUGAAGAAGGCAGGUUAUGAACCAGAACUUGGGGAGGUCUUGGUCGACAUCGAUGAGGAAGAUAAGGAGACUGCUCUUUCCAUACAUAGUGAGAAGUUAGCCAUUGCAUUUGGAUUGAUGAACACGGAGGUUGGGACAGUGAUUCGGAUUGUGAAGAACUUGCGGGUAUGUAUUGAUUGUCAUCAGGCUACUAAGUUCAUCUCCAAGUUGUAUGAUCGAGAGAUCAUUGUAAGGGACAGGGUUAGGUUCCACUAUUUCAAAGAUGGGUUUUGUUCUUGUAAAGAUUAUUGGUGA